AUGCCUCAAAGCUCCAAGCUUCAAUUCAAGGCUUGCUGCUUGUUCUGGGAGCCAUCUUUCAAAGCUCUACGCUUGCAGUACACGAUUGUUGCUUCGGGCUUGCUCCUGUACCGCAUGUAUUACUACGCACGCAAAGAGUGGAUGCUCUUUUUCAUCGACCUGUGCUUCGUGAACAGCAUCUUGCUGAUAUACAGCCUCUGGUCUUGCGAAUCUGGCUGCUCUCGCGAGUGGUUGUUGGCGACUUACAUCGUCGCCCAAGGACCUGUAGCCGGUGCGACAUUCCCACUUCAGACGCCGCUGACGCUCCACCACCCGGAGGCAUUCGAGAGCUUCUUCCUUCAUGCCUCGCCGAUGUGGAUGGCUUACGCUGUGCGUUGGCGCUGGCCGAGUCUUCUGGGUCCCAUCCCACCAGUCUCUGAGUUGCUGUCCGUUGGCUUCUGGCGUCUCUACUUCCCCUGGAGUGCUUGCUACCUAGUAUUCCUGCUGCUGCAGCCGUUCCUCCCGGACAGGAUAGCUGGCUUGGAGACCCUUAUGGACGGCUUCAUCCUGCCUGCAUCCACAGCACAAUCUCGCCUCACCGCCAAGCGACAGGAAUACUCGAAGUAUGCCUUCAACGUGAUGAAAGCCACGAUUCUGCAUGCUGUGCUUUCUGGAUCGGGCUUCCUAGCGGCGGCCAUGGCUUACCAGUACCAUGAGGUUCAGGUCGUCUGGAUCUUCUGCGUCUUACUCGGCUGCUUGGCCUCUGGCGCCCGGUUCUACUACCAGAGUGCCACACCGGAUUACGUACCGCCUGGAGUUUACCGUGGCUUUCGCAAUAUGGGCUUGGCCUGGGCAAUGGUUUUACCGACCUAUCUUCACUGUGCCGGAUAUGUGUAG